AUGGCGAACAAGAGUGUGCAUCUUCCACCGGAACUAAUAACGGAAAUCCUAUUGAGGUUGCCGGUGAAGACUCUACUACGCUGCAAGUGCGUCUGUAAGUCAUGGCUUUCUCUUAUCUCUAAUCCCGACUUUGCAACUUCACAUUUUCAAUUUGCCGUCUCACCGCCUACCCAUAAACUUGUGUUCCUGGAAAAUUAUUUUGAUGCUCCUGAAACCAUAUCCAUAGAUUUUGACGCAUCACUUUACGAUGAUUCCUCAUAUUCUUCGCUAAGCCUUGAGUUUUUGCGUUUCCGAUCUUGUUGUGAAAUUGUUGGUUCUUGUAGAGGGUUUUUGUUUUUGCAUUGUGACUCAUACUUCUACCUAUGGAAUCCAUCCACUGGUGUUCAUAAAAACAUACCUGCCUCUCCUAUAACUAUUGCCUCCGUUGAUUAUUUUCCCUUGCCUCUGUAUGGUUUCGGUUACAGUCCAUCAACAGAUGAUUCCUUAGUAGUUUUUGGGUCCUACCAAUGCCGUGGUUCCUAUAGUUCCGCAGAUAGUUCUAUUGACUUGGCGAUUUUCUCAUUGAGAGCUAACGAGUGGAAGCAAGUUGAGUCUGGUUCCCAAUUUCCUUAUAGGAUUAUUCCUAAAGGUGGAGGAGCUGGUCCUAGAACCGGGUUGCUCUUGAAUGAGGUUAUUCAUUGGCUGGUUUAUAAUUACGAGGCUUCAAGUUAUGCUAUUAUUGCCUUUGAUUUAAAGGAAAUCAAAAUGUCAGAGAUAGCUCUGCCGGAUGAAUUUAUUUUAAGUGUUAGUAACACUUCUCUUAUAGAUUAUGAUUUGUUGGUAGUUGGAGGACUUAUUAGUGCGUGGAAUGUGAAGAAGUAUAAAAUUGAGAUAUGGGUCAUGCAGGAAUACAAAGUGCAUUCAUCUUGGAUCAAGACUCUUAAUUUUUCUUUUUAUCCCGCUCCGGAUUUUUCGCCAUUAUGCUUUACAAACUUUGGCGAUAUAGUUGGAACAGUUCGUGGCGGUGGAUUAGUGAAGUUAAAUGACAAAGGACAGCUGCUAGAGCAUCACUCUUAUGGUAAUUGUUACUUCGAAAGAUCCCAAAUGACGGUAUAUACAGAGUCUUUGCUCUCACUCCCUAGUGGCACUGGGCAAGCUUUAGACGACUCUUGA